ACGACAUGUUUUGACGGUAUGCUUGAAAGGUUAUAUUUUAGAUUGUGGGUGUCCAGUUCGCCAGGUUGAGCGGGUUGAGCUUUGGCUUUGUUUUAAAUCGUUCGUGGAAACGUCAGAGAAAUACACGAUGGCACAAAGCAGACUGGAGAAAAUCGGCACUAUAUAUACCAGAAUUACUUCACUAUUAAAAGGCAAAGCUAUAAAAGAGGAAGACGUGCCGUUGUGGUUGAUAGUAUAUGAAGCUUUUCCCCCGAAAUAUGAACCGAGAUUCGACAGACAGCUGCCAAAGAAGCCAGUUACACCUAUCUUUUAUAAAGAGGAUUUUAUUCGAGCAAAGUUUCAUAAUGAUCAGACAUUUAUACCAGCUACUAAUUUGGCAAACGAAAAUGUAAAAUCUGCAACGCAGAACUUUCUAUCCAUGUACCAAACGAUAAAAAAGGAAGAACUGUCAGAAAAUGAAGCAUACGAACAGGCGAUGGAGCAGUACGUUUCUGAAAUGGAAAUAAAAAUGGAAUCGAGGAGAGAGAAUGAAUCAAGUUCCGAUUCGUCCAGAAGCUCUAAGUGACUAAAAACAUAUAUUCUUACCGUAAGUUCUGUUGUAAAUAAAGAUCUUAUUAUUUAACAUCUGAUAUCUGUGUUAAAUGCUAUCCUACAUUGUUGUGAUACUGACAGAAAUAUACGUAAUUAACGAGUCUUGUUCAACAACAGUGUUUAUAUUUCGUGACAAUCAAUACAUUAAAUAACAAUGAGUUCCUGCAAAAUUAACUUAUAUCGAUAAGUGAGAUGAUAACUAUAAUGAUCCUCACGAUGAGUAAACAUGAAUUUACAAUGAUGUACUUAAUGUACAGAGAUCAAUCGCAUAGAAUUUUCAGUCACAAUAAUUAAUUAUUCGUUACACAACGUUAAUCAUAUUUCAAGGCAUAUGUGACAAUAAUUGUAUAGGAUGAUAAUUUCUAUUUCUUUACUAUGUGAUUGAAGUUUGGAGCGUCAAUGGUCUUAGACAUUGCUCUCGCACUUGUAGAUUUUGCCAGACAAACGUAGGAAAUUUGCGAUUGCAUGUACAGAGGUACGCGUGGGACUUUUCAAUUAUUCGGAGCCCUUCCGAGUAAAGGAUCUCGACGAAUUAUUUUUUUUUCUAUCAUCAAUGAUUUCAGACAUUAUCCUACUUUGAUUCCAAACAGGAACAAGCGUAAGAAAUUUUCGGUCAUACAUACGAGAGAUCGUCAAUUGUCUGUUUAGUUUGGACUUACUUUUAAUCUUCGCUCCAUGAACGCUUCAAACUUCAAUCACAUUCCUUUACAAUAGUCAUAUUAGAAAAAAGGGGAUACAAGCUGCGUAUAUCACUGUGAUUCGCUUUACGCGCUGCAGGUACGAGUAAUUAAAAAAAUAAUUAUAAAAUGCGCUACAAAUUAAAGAUAUAGAAUCAGUGCACCUCGAACGCGCUGGUUCGAGAAUAACAGCCAAAGAUGUACGCAUCGUACAUUAUUGAAAAUAUUCUCGACCAACCACAUCACAUUUCCUAAAGAUAAUAUCCAUUUAGACCUUUAAAUGCCGCUUCUCGUUUAAAUGAGUUACGGGUGAAUUAAAUGUGUUGUAUUGUAUUACAAUGUUACAUUCCAUUUUUAUUUUAUUGCUAUAAGCUAUUGAAAGAUAUAAAAAAUGCUUAAAUAUAUAGAGA